AUGGAGGUGGAGCUGGCUGGAGAGACACGCGACUCGACUGCGCUGCUGUCCGAGAAGGGCAAGGGCAAGGGCAAGGGCAAUGGCCGAGGCCCUCAGGAGGAUGGCGGUGUGGUGGCUCGAGAGAGCGGCGGCGGAUGGAUGAUGGCCCACCGGCGAUGGCUGAUCGUGGCGGUGGCGGUGGUGCUGGUCCUGGGCGCGAGCGCGGUGGGCGUGGGCGUGGCGGUGGCUCAUGCCCGCAACAAGACCAGCUCGGCCGAUCCGGCCGAUGGAGGCUCUGGUGAGCAUGUGGUCAUCCUUGUCUCGCUCGAUGGCUUCCGGCCAGACUAUUUUACGUCGCAGAGGGUGCCCACUCCCGGGCUGGACGCGCUGCGGGCGGAUGGCGUGCUUGCUGAAGGCAUGAUCCCACAGUUCCCCUCGCUCACCUUUCCCAACCACUACUCCGUGGUCACCGGCCUGCAUCCCGAGUCGCACGGCAUUCUGGAGAAUGACAUGUACGAUCCGGACCUCAACGCUACCUUUCGCAUCUCGAACUACGCGGCCGUCUCCAACGGCGCAUGGUGGGGCGGUGAGCCGAUCUGGGUCACGGCCAUCAAAGUUGGCUACAGGGCCGGUGUGUACUUCUGGCCCGGCUCCGAGGCGCCCAUCCAGGGCGUCCGCCCGGACUACUACUACCGCUACAACUCGUCGGUUCCCUACCCGGAGCGGGUCGAGACGCUUCUGGGCUGGCUCGCCCAGCCGCCCGCUACCCGCCCCCGGUUCAUGGGCCUCUACAUGUCGGCAGUCGACACGGCCGGCCAUUACUACGGCCCGGACUCUUCACAGGUUGACGCAGCCAUCGUUCGCGUUGACGCCGCCCUACACCAGCUUCGCGAAGGCGUUGCCCGGCUCGGCCUCCUCUCCAAGGUCAACAUCGUUGUCCUCGCCGACCACGGCAUGACAGAGGUCUCGUCGUCGCGCGGCCUCGCGCUCGACAACUACGUCAACGUCAUCGACACGCCGGCGCACCCUGUCGACGAGCAGCUGGCGAGCGAUGCCGCCGUGCCCACGGUCCGUGGCCACCUGCUCAACCUCUCACCGGUCCUCCAGUUCUGGCCGGACACACCGGCCGAUGAUCCCGCGCUCGUACUUUUCGCCGACAACAUCCGCAUCCCGCCUAUUGUCGCCUUUUCGUCACUCGGCUGGAAGCUCGUCCGCACAAACGCAUCAAUCGCCAACAUCGGCGGCGGCGCCCACGGCUACGACCCGGCCAACAAGGAUAUGCACGCCCUGUUCAUUGCCUCGGGCCCGGCCUUUAAGUCCGGCGCCUCGUUCCCCGAGUUUUCCAACAUCCACGUCUAUCCCCUCCUCUGCAAGGUCCUCGGCCUCACUCCCGCGCCGAACAACGGCUCGCUUGCGCUUGUCGAGGGCAUGCUGGCGUAGUCGGCUCGUCAUGGCAGCCGCAAGGCAGCAUAUUAAAGUGCUGAGGGA